CUCUAGAAACCAUCUAAAAAGCCAGAGUUAUAAUCAAUACAUAAGAAAUAGAAAGCCUGCCCAUGCGCGGAUUGCGAUUCCCCAUCCCGCCAGUUCUCCGUGGACAUCUCCCCUCAAUACGCCUGGCAUCUUCUUUCCCUAGCAUACCUUCCAACUCCAUGGCGCAAAAUACCAACGAGAGCGAGGCCCUGCCCGCUCUCUCUACACGGGAAUUCCGCAUCUACAAUCGCAUGGCCGAGCAAAUGGACAUGUUUGUACGUAUCCCACCCAUACACAUAACACUAUCGAACUAACCAUCCAGCACACCCACUUCCGGCUCACAUGGAACGAGCUCCAAAACGCCUGCACCACCACCAAACGCUCAGCCAUCUCCCCGCGCCAACUAAUCUCCAUGGGCGAGAGUUUCUGUUCCCACCUAACAAUGCACCAUAACAUCGAAGAGCGGCAUAUCUUCCCCGUGUUGGCGAAGAAAAUGCCCGAGUUCAAGAAAGAACUCGACCUGCUGAAACAGCAUAAGCAGAUCCACGCGGGCUUGGACAAGUUCGAAGCCUACCUGAGUGAUUGUAGACUUGGGAGGGCGGAUUUGGAGCGGGGCGAGGUGAAGAGGUUGAUGGAUGGGUUUGGGGAGGUGUUGUGGGCGCAUUUAGAUGAUGAGGUUAGGACGUUGGGGGCCGAGAAUAUGCGGCGGUAUUGGACGUUGGAGGAGAUGCCGAGGUUGCCUAUGUAGUUGGGAUUGUUUGGUGUUUGGUGUUGAUAUGUUGUUAUACUUGGCCUAAUGGUUUAUGUUUGAUACGAAACAGCAUUUCUGAUAUGCCAUUGGACUUGAAGGCAACAGUAUGGUCUACCAUAGCUGCCUGAGACAAAUCUAAG